CCUCCUGAAUUGAGCAUACUUGCGCCUUGCAGGGAGAGUAGGAGAACUGCGUCUAACUGCGCUCCAUGGUCAAAGAGCCUGGCACAUCCAUGCUGUUUGGAGCGGUGGCAGAGCACCUUUAAAGAUUGCCGCCCCUUCAUCCUGUCACACAUAAUAAGAUGACGUCGAAUGGCGACACGAGCAAUUGGUCCAGAACGUCGGAGAUGGCCGACGACAGCGUCAAAAGAGACCGCAAGACACAGAAGAGAAUAGAAAAGAACCUGGAGCAGACGCUGGCAUCGGCCAACGAGAUCACGGAUGCACAUGAACGCCUCGUUUUCGUCUGCAGGAAGCAUGCAGAGUCCUUGGAAGAGAACAAGAAGCUAGUGUCGAGCAUUCGCAAGAUGGAGCUGCGCGUGGACCAUCUGCUGAAGGAGAAGCUGAACCUAGAGAGUGAACAGAGCAAGGCGCUGCUGACGCGGAGCCGCCUCGAAGGCCUGUGCCGGGAGCUUCAGAAACAAAACAAACUCGUCAAGGAGGAGAGCGUGGCGAAGAUCCGCGAGGAGGAGGAAAAGCGGCGCGAGGUGUCCGCCAAGUUCCAGACCACGCUCAGCGACAUCACCGGCACCAUGAACGAGAACAACCAGAAGAACACCCGGCUCACGGAGGAGAACAUCGAGAUGUCCAAGAAGCUCAAGAGCCUGUGCGAGCAGUACGAACAGAAUAACUCGCUGGUUGAGAAGAUGAUGAAGCAGAAGGAGCUCGAGUCCCAGUUGGCUGAGGCACGCCUGGCCAAGAUACAGCUCGAGAUGAACCAAGAGAAGCAGGCCUUCCUCUUAGAAAAACAAAAACUCCUUCAGGAGAUGUCCACCUACCAGAAGCGCUGCACAGACCUGCAGGUGUCGGAGGUGGCGUUACGCGAGCAGCUGAGCACCUACACGGAGAAGUACGAGGACUUCCAGGGCGCCCUCGCCAAGUCCAACAAGGUGUUCGGCACGUUCAAGUCCGAAAUGGAAAAGAUGCAGAAGAACAUCCGCCGGCUGGAGAAGGAGACGAGUACGUGGCGGCAGCGCUGGGAGGGCAGCAACCGCUCCCUCCUCCAGAUGGCCGAGCAGAAACAGGCCGACGACAGCCAGCUGCUGGCCCAGCGGCGGCGCAUCGAGACCCUGGAGCGGCUCUGUCGAGCGCUGCAGGCGCGUGCCACCGCCCCCCCGGCCCCGGCCGGCAUGGGCAGACAGCUCACUGGCGGGGCGCGCCGACACAGCUCACUGGCGGGGCGCGCUGACACAUCUCACUGA